AUGCUAGGUUUUGCUGACGAUAUAAAUUUAGUAGGAGAAAACAAGGAAAUGAUUGUGCGAAAUACCAAAACACUCAUACAGGAAACAAAAAAGAUUGGUCUAGAAAUAAAUGAGGAGAAAACCAAAGCAAUGGAAAAGUUGCCUGAAAUAGAUGAGGAAGACAAGAAACAAAAGUACGACGGUACGUACAUGAGUAUUGUAAAAACAAUACUAACCUAUGGAUGCGAAGUAUGGCCAACAGCAGUGCAGAUCGAACGAAAACUCAGAAGUUUUGAGAAUAGAGUACUAAGAACAGUAUGUAGACCAGUUUUUGAUACCGAAAUAAACAGAGCAGCAAUUGAAUACAAGCCAACAGGCAAAAGACCUAGAUGCAGACCCAAGAAACGAUGGAUGGAUGGAGUACAGCAAGAUCUAGAGAAGCUAGAAGUAACAGAUUGGGAGGAAAGGAUACAGGAUCGUGAUUAUUGGAGAGCAAUGACGAUGGCAACUAAAACUUUUACAGAGUUGUAA